AUGCCCUCCACAACCAGCAGACUCAAGGCCUUUGUGCGCAGAGUAAGAGAAUUUCUGGUCAUAGAUAUGACGAGAGACGGAGACAAGAGAGCCGGAAUGGUUGUCGACCCCGAGGCUGAGCUGGCCCGUCUGCCUCCGGUGGUGACACGGCAGGCGUCUUUCAAUGACAGCCCGACCAUCCGGGCCCCGCCAAUGGAAAGUGGCUGGUAUGAGAGUCCCAGAGGUUCAGUAUUUGGCGACGACCAGUACGAUCGCCGCGGACCCAGUGGUCGAACAAACUACCCGACAUACCGGUUCUCUACACACUCGGCGGAAGCCCAACCCAUGCCGCCAACAAGGAGUCCUCCUCCGCCAGUUGGAACCGGAGGAAAGGACGAGGUGUUCAUCACACUCUCGGAGGAACAAUGCGAUAUACCGACCAGACGCCGUUACAUCACCAAGUUGUGCAAGGCUGCACUAGUCUAUGGUUCGCCGACACACAGGAUCGUGCCAUACAUCCAAAUGGCAGCUCGGGCCCUGGAAAUGGAGAUAUACAUGCUCUACGUCCCAGACAACAUCCUCCUCGCCUUCGACAGCCCAGACGAUUUGGAUGGCAAGCAGAUCUACCAGCCCACGGAGGUCAAGCUGAUCCAAGGCGCGGGGACCCACGUCGGCAAAAUGCUAGACGCCCACGAGGUGUACAAGCACGUCCUUCACGGACGCAUCUCCGUCAUCGAAGGCAUCCACAGGCUGGAUGCGAUCGAGCGGCGGAACGACGGCCACAACCUGUGGUUCAUGUUCAUGAUAUUCGGCUUUGCGGCCGUGGGCAUUGCACCCUUCGCUUAUCGCGCUCGCUUCAUCGACCUGCCAGUCGCCUUCAUCACCGGGAGCCUCCUCGGGGUCAUGCAGCUCAAGUUUGCCCCCUCGCACCCCCUGUACGCCCUCAUCUUUGAGGUCACCGCCGCCAUCCUUAUGUCAUUUCUCGGCCGCAUGCUGGGCUCCAUCAGGGGUGCCGACGGGUCCCGUAUCUUCUGCUACUCGGCGCUGACGCAAUGCUCUAUCAAUCUGCUCAUGCCUGGUUACUGGAUGACCAAUGCCGCGCUGGAGAUUAUGACGAAGAAUAUUGUCACUGGCGGCUCGAGAAUGAUGUACGCCCUGAUUUACUCUCUUCUCCUUGCAUAUGGAAUUGCUAUUGGAUCGACCCUGUACGGUUAUAUGGACUACGACGCAGUCAGCAACCCUCGCUGCGAGAACCUGAUAGACCGGCGCUGGAAUCUCUUCUUUGUCCCAUUCUUCUCGGUCCAGGUCGCUAUAAUCAGCGGAGCUAAGUGGAGGCAAAUCCCAGCCAUGGUUUUCAUCUCGUUCAUGGGCUACCUAGUCAACUUCCUCUCGGUCGACGUCUUUCACGGGUCCUUCACCAUCUCCCACACUAUCGGUGGCUUCGUGAUCGGCCUCCUGGGGAAUCUCUACUCCAAGUUUGGCUGGCACGUGGAACACGUCCUUUACGACAGAGGCCUCGGCAAGGCCACCAACCGCAGGAGCCGCCUCGGCAUGGGCUCGGCACAGGGGUUCGCCCUCGCGGCCGCUGGCAUGGUGCCAGCCAUGAUCGUGCAGGUCCCGUCGGGCCUGGCCAACACGGGCAUCGUCGCGGCGGGGCUGCAGACGGCCGAUGCUAUCGUGCGGAACACCACCGCCAACAACGUGGCCUUCCCCUUGGGCGAACUCCAGCUCGAUGCGAUGCCCAUCCUCCUGCAGGUUAUUCAGAUUGGUAUCAGUAUUGCCAUGGGUCUUUCGCUGGCUGCGUUGUUGCUGUACCCGCUCGCAAAGAAGAGGAGUGGGUUGAUGGCAUGGUGA